AUGUCGAAAUCUACAAAUUUAAAACCUGACCAACGAAUGAAAAUAAUUACAACUGGUAUGGAAAUUGAGAAUUCAGGACGAAAAGUUACAUAUACGGAAUUAGCAAAAAGAACAAAUUUCAACAGAAAAACUUGCUCGCUUUGGUGGAACCGGAAAGAUUUACUGUUGAAAACAGGAAUAUUAUGUGAUCGUAAAAAAGGCAAGUCAGGCCGUCCAAUUCAUCAAUCAUUUUUAAACGAAGAAAAAAUUGAUCAAGCAAUUUUUAUAUGUGAAAACUUGAAACCUGGACAACAUUUAGAAGAUGCUGCAAAGGAAUUAAAGUGUGGGAGAAGUACCUUAAAAAGACAUUUAAAGAACAAAGUUACAUGGAAAAAACCGCCAAAGAAAGAAAAAAAUCAUAAUGACUCUGUUUCUGCCAAAAGAAUUAAUUUUGCUCGAGCGUUAUUGAACAGACGUGGUGUAUUAAAACCAGUCUUUGAAAACAUUACAUUUCUUGAUCACAAAAGAGUUUAUGCAUAUGGUCAAAAUUGGACACAUCAACGACAAUGUAGAAGAAAAGGAUCAACAAAACCAUUAAGGCCUUUAUUACUUUCAAAAUCCAAUCCAUCUAUUCAUGGUAUGUUCAUUGCAAAUAAACAUGGAAGUGAUGUAUAUUUACAUGGAAGAUCACAACUACGUCCUAGGAAACAAGUUAAGACAUGGAUUGAUGAGCCAGUACAUGAACAGUCUUAUUUACAUGCUUUAAGAAAUUGUGUUAUUCCAUUCAUGAAAGCGACCAAUUCAAAAAUUUUGAUGACCGAUUGUGUAAAUUUGAAUCAUACAUUAAAAAUUCGUGAUCUUUUAUUCAACAACCGAAUAGAAUUAUAUGGAAGUGCUGGAUAUCAUCAUCAGGUGUAUGGUGGUUAUCCUCCGUAUUCUCAUGAUUGUUCUAUAUUAGACUCAUCUAUGUUUGCAACUUUGAAAAGUGACAUUAGUAAUGAAAUUGCGAUCAAUACUGAUUUGGUUGAUUCGGAUCAUAUUUUGAUUUAUAUGAGUGAAAUAAUUCCACAAAUAUGGAAAUCAGAUAAAUACAAAAAUACUGCGAAAAGUCACAUAGCUGGAUAUCCAAAACGAUUGCAAACAAUAAUCGACAAUGAUGGUGAUAUAAUUACCAAGUACAUCUAA